AUGAAGCAACGAUUCUCAUCCCUGGACGUCAAGGUCAUUUGCCAGGAACUCGCCUCGGAGCUGGUCAACCUUCGAGUUUCGAACAUUUACGACCUUUCCUCGAGAAUAUUUCUAUUCAAGCUCGCCAAACCCGACCAUCGCAAGCAACUCGUCGUUGACUCAGGUUUCCGCUGCCAUGUCACCCAAUACUCGCGCGCAACGGCAACCGCCCCCUCUCCAUUCGUGACUCGCAUGCGCAAGUUCCUCAAAUCGCGGAGACUCACAUCGAUCGAGCAGAUCGGCACCGACCGUGUCAUCGACUUCUCGUUCAGCGAUGGCAUGUACCACAUGUUCCUCGAGUUCUUCGCCGGCGGCAACAUCAUCAUCACCGAUCGCGAGUACAACAUUCUCACACUGUUCCGUCAGGUUCCUGCCGGAGUGGGCGAAGAGGAGAUGAGAGUUGGUCUCAAGUACACAGUCACAAACAAGCAGAAUUACCACGGUGUGCCUGAGAUCACGUUGGACCGGAUUAAGGAGACGUUGGAGAAAGCGAAAGAGGCUUCCGCGAAGGAAGGAACAGCGCCGAAGAAGUCGAAGAAGAAGAAUGUGGAUGUGCUGCGGAAGGCGUUGUCGCAGGGAUUCCCGGAGUAUCCUCCUCUGUUACUCGAUCAUGCUUUCGCGGUCAAGGAGUUCGAUCCGGCGACGCCGCUGGAGAAGGUUUUGGGGGAUGAUGCUCUCAUGGAGCAGGUCAACGGUGUGUUGAAGGAGGCCCAGAGUGUGACGAACAGACUCUCGGCAAAGGAAGAUCAUCCGGGUUAUAUCGUCGCAAAAGAAGAUAAACGUCCCGCUGCGGAGCCGACUGCUGAUACUGAGGAAACGUCACAUAAGGCAGGGCUUUUGUACGAAGACUUCCACCCUUUCAGACCUCGCCAGUUUGAAGGGAAGCCGGAGGUUAAAAUUUUCGAGUUCAGCACUUUCAACGCUACGGUUGAUGAGUACUUCUCCUCGCUGGAGACUCAGAAACUGGAAUCGCGGCUGACAGAACGCGAGGAGGCCGCGAAAAGAAAACUUGAUGCUGUCAAGCAGGAGCAUCAGAAGCGGCUCGGCGCCCUAAAAGAGGCACAGGAAAUACAUGUGCGCAAAGCGGCUGCGAUCGAGGACAACGUCUACCGGGUGCAGGAGGCAAUGGAUGCUGUCAAUGGGCUGAUUGCCCAAGGAAUGGAUUGGGUAGAGAUCGCCCGUCUGAUCGAGAUGGAGCAGGGCCGAGGCAAUCCUGUUGCGCGGGUUAUCAAAUUGCCAUUGAAACUCCACGAGAACACUAUUACUUUGGUCCUUGGGGAAGCCAGCGAGGAGCAGGAUGCAGCCGAUGAGCUCUUCUCGAGCGAUGAAUCCGAGGAGGAGUCGGAGAGCGAAGAGCAGGAAGCAGCUCCGAAAGCCCCUGAAAUGCUGACUAUCGACAUCGAUCUCGGACUUUCGCCGUGGGCGAAUGCUACUCAAUACUACGAACAGAAGAAGAUGGCCGCGGUGAAAGAGCAGAAGACGGCAAAGUCGUCGACUAAGGCGCUCAAGAGCCAUGAGAAGAAAGUGACCCAAGAUCUCAAACGGAGCCUCAAGCAGGAGAAGCAGGUCCUCCGUCCAGCCAGGAAACCUUUCUGGUUCGAAAAGUUCCUGUUCUUCAUCUCGUCUGAGGGCUACUUAGUUCUAGGUGGCCGUGACGCUAUGCAAAGCGAGUUACUAUACCGUCAUCAUCUCAAGAAAGGCGAUAUUUUUGUGCACGCAGACUUGGAAGGCGCUCGACCGAUGAUCGUGAAAAACAGACCAGGAACACCGGAUGCUCCUAUUCCACCGAGCACACUCUCACAAGCAGGGAACCUCUGCGUUGCGACAUCGAGCGCUUGGGAAUCCAAAGCAGUCAUGGCAGCAUGGUGGGUCAAUGCGAACCAGGUGACUAAAACCACCACAGGCGGUCUUCUACCGACAGGAGAAUUCGAGGUCAAAGGUGAAAAGAACUUUCUUGCCCCGUCACAGUUAGUUCUUGGGUUCGCAGUCAUGUUCCAAAUCAGCAAGGAAAGUUUGAAGCAUCACAAAAUUCACAUAUUCGAGGAGGCGACUCCAACAGAACCGGUGGCGAAGGAAGGCGAAACUACGAAGCAGAUUGUGGAAACUGAACAAUCUGCGGCGCAAGAAUCGGGGCCAGCAGAGACAGAUAAGCCUGCUGCGAACGGUCCAAGUGAGCAAGGCAAUGAGUCUAGCUCUGAUUCAGAUGAUGAAGAAGUGAACCCAGACUCCAUUCCGCCGAGGAACCCAUUACAGCGGGGUGUAUCUGAGCCUCUCCCAGAGCAAGAGCGUACAUCAGAGAAGCCUAAGGGUGAUGAAGAGGACGACCAAUCUGAAGGUCAGGGUGAGGCAGCACGAACCUUGCAGGAAGAGCCGGCAGCGGAGGAAGCGGAGUCUUCUGAAGACAAGGCGGCAACAUCUCCAGGCACAAGUGAACCAAGCCAGCUGAGCAAAGAAGGAUUGCUCAAGCCCACCGCUGACUCAAAAGAAGUCAACCAAACUCCAAAAGUAACAGCGAACGGGGUACCCGCACCGGUGAAACCGGUAAGUCCGAAGAAAGCAGCGCCAGCUCCAGCGCCGGCGACAGCGAAGGGAAAGAAGGGUAAAGGCAAAAGAGGCACGGAUAAAUAUGCCCACCAGGAUGAAGAGGAGCGUGAGCUCGCCCUUCGCCUGGUAGGUGCUAAGAGCGCCAAAGCUGAAAAGGCCGCUGCCGCCGCCGCGGCGAAAGCGGAGCGCGAACGAGAAGCUGAGGCGCAGAAGAAGCGACGGAAAGCGCAACAUGAGCGCGCUGCAGAAGCAGAGCGGAGACGGCAAGCGCUUUUCGAUGAGGGCGCAGCUGAUGACUACAAUGAAGAGACUGCUGCUGCAGAGGCGGCAGACCUUGCUUGGAUUCCGGCACUGGUCGGUACGCCCCGCCCAGAAGAUGAGAUACUUACCGCCAUUCCGAUCUGCGCUCCAUGGGCAGCGCUCGGUCGCUACAAGUACCGUGUCAAGUUACAGCCGGGCACGGUAAAGAAAGGCAAGGCCGUCAAAGAGAUCCUUGGCCGGUGGGUGGCAGAAACCACCACCGGAAAGGUGAAGAAGGAGCAGGCUGAGGAAGCCGGUAUUAGCAUAGCUGAUGCCGAGAAGCUAAGGGCACGCGAAGGAGAGCUCUUCAAGGCAUGGAAGGACACCGAGAUCAUAAACACUGUCCCCGUUCCCAAAGUCCGAAUCAUGACUGGAGGAGGGGCUACUGGAGGUGACGCAAAGGGCAAAGGGAAAGGCGGCAGCAGUGGGAACAAGGGAGGCAAAGUGGGAAGAAAAAAUAGACCUUGA